CAGGCAGGUACCUACCGACUUCGGUAGGAUUCAGCCAACGCAAGGUGAUCAUGGCCGCCUUUUAUAGAUGUAGCGCUUCAGAGUAGGUAGCUGUCAGGCAAGCCAUGACCUCUUCAAAGGGGGGGCCUCUUUAAUCUAGCCUCCUUUGCUGCUGAUUGACCUCCUCGUGUGCGAAAAGUAGGUUGAUCUCUGAUUUUUAUAGUUUGAAUAAGGGCGGUGGCGCCAUUGCUCAGAUCAAAUCAUGGAAGCCCUUCAAAAGAGAGCUUUAGUUGCGCCAAAGAAUGCUGUGCAUGCAGUGGGCCAAAACUGGGGCUGCAUCAAAAGCAAUCAACUAUGUCCGACCAGCAGAAGUGCAUUCUCCACGCAUUCACCACAUUUCAAACUUAGUCAUGUUGGAUUGUCAAGGUGCGAUGUUGUGGUGUCAGGGUGUGUGCACCCUUUGACUCAAGCAGCGUUGCAGAGAACAUGCAGAACCAGCGGGUUGUUGAUUGGGCAGCGAAAAACUUGCUAUUCUACUAGACAGCUGUCCUCUGUUGGGCUUUCAGAUUCUCAGCUUAUGGGAGUGCAUAAAAUACCGGAGCAACCGUCUCUUUCAUGCGGCCAGCGAGGAAGCCCACGUAGAUCCACCGGCCCUCGGUCGGCCGCGAGCAUAGUAUCAGAGCCGGCCCCCCCGGCCCCCGAAGAUCUCGAUUCCCAGUCCCUCACGCAGCGCAUCAUGGAAGCCACCGAGGGGCGGGAUUCGCAAACGGGGGGCGCCGGCGGAGCGGUUAGCUACGCAGCUCUGAAGCGAGCGGACCAAAACUGGGCGCGGAUCCGGACGAUGAAAACUGGGCGGGAAGCCGGGCCGGCUCCAGAAACGGUGAAAGAGAGACGGGGUUCCUGGAGGGAUGUGGGCACUUCUGGGCAGGAGAAUCUGGGCGUGUAUGACGUCGUUGUUUGCGGGGGCACGUUGGGGGUAUUUCUAGCGACGGCACUGCAGCUGCGGGGGAAGAGGGUGGCAAUUGUGGAGCGGGGCGUCCUGAUGGGGAGGGCACAGGAAUGGAACAUUUCCAAGCAGGAGAUGCAAAGCCUGGUGGAGAUGGGCGUCUUGACACAGGAGGAGGUGGAGGACUCAAUAUCCAUCGAGUUUAACCCAGGCCGCUGCGGCUUUUACAACGGGACCCAAAUCCUUGUUAACGAUGUCCUUAAUUUGGGGGUUUCGCCGGCGAAGCUGAUCGAGUCUGCCAAACGGCGGUUCGUAGAGCGAGGGGGAGUUCUCCUCGAGAAAACGGGACUGGAAAACGUUGACGUUUUUGCGGAUGGAGCGGUGCUGAAUCUUGGGGAGAAGAAGCUGGUCGCAAAGCUCGUGAUCGAUGCGAUGGGGCAUGCUUCGCCAAUUGUCCGGCAGUUGCGGUGGGGCCGCAAGCCGGACGGGGUGUGCCUGGUGGUGGGCGCGUGCGCGCGCGGCUUCCCGGAGGAGACCAACACCGGGGGUGACGUCAUCCUCACCAAUGCGCCCGCGACCCGCAAGGGCCGCUCGCCGCUGCAGUACUUCUGGGAGGCCUUUCCUGCGGGAUCCGGCCCCGGAGACCGAACGACAUAUAUGUUCACCUAUUUGGAUGCCCAUCCGGACCGGCCAUCUUUAGAGUCCCUGCUCGAGGACUAUUGGCAGCUGAUGCCUAAGUACCAGGGCGUCAAACUUGAGAACCUCGAGUUUCUGCGAGUGCUGUUUGGCUGCUUCCCCACUUACAGAAGCAGUCCGCUGCAGCCCGGUUUUGACAGGGUACUGCAGAUCGGCGAUGCGAGCGGGAUCCAGUCGCCGCUCUCGUUCGGCGGCUUUGGCGCAAUCACUCGGCACAUCGGACGGUUGACGGACGGCAUCUCGGACGCACUAGAUGCGGACUUGUUGAAGAAGCGGGACCUCGCACUGCUCAACCCAUAUCAGCCCAACCUGAGCGGCGCGUGGCUGCUCCAGAAGUCGAUGUCGUACGAAGUGGGAUCCAAUCCGCCGCCCAAUUUCAUCAACGAGCUGCUGUCGGUCAACUUCGGGUGCAUGCAGCGCCUGGGGGAGCCCAUUCUCCGACCCUUCCUUCAGGACGUGACGCAGUUCGUCCCGCUCGCGCUGACGAUGGGCGCGAUGAUGGUGACGCGGCCGCUGCUGCUGCCCACCAUUCUGAGACAGGUUGGCUUGAUCCCGCUCGUUGACUGGCUCCGCCAUUUCGUCGGCCUGGCAGUGUACUCGCUUGCGCACAAGCUGUUCGCGCCCCUCGUCAGGUGGUUGCUUCCCAGGCUCUCCCUUGCGCAGAGGUAUCGGUGGAAACGGCGGCUAGAGGCUUGGGAGUAUGGCUCCGGGUUGGAUUACCGGCUUCAUUGAGCAUAUGUCUUACUGGUGAGAUUGCGACCAUUCAUCGUAUGAACAUUUCGUAUGCUGCCGCCGGAUCGCACUUCGAGCACCGAUUGUAGUCAAGCCAGAUCAGGAGCAUAAUGUACAGGCAGUGCGCACAAGUUACGGGUUAAAUGUUUGUUCCAGACCUUCGCGUUUCGCAGUUGAGAUAUCGAAGCAUAUUUAGCGAACUUGCAACGAGUCAUGUCACUUAGAGACGGCUAGCUAGUCGAUCUGCUGGUAAUCGAACAUAACAGAACUGACGUUGUGCAAGUGGACAACGAUAUGAUGCAAAGCUAGUUGUCAUGGAAGUUACAGAGCAGAGUGCCGCCUGCCAGAAAUCCUGCAC